UCAAACUGCGCAGUAAUUCACAUUUUUGUGCGGGAAAAAGCAUUUAAAUAGUAUUUGAAGAAAGAGGAAAACAUUUUCCAGUGCAUAAAAAACCAUUUGCAAGUACAAAUAAUAAAAGGGCAAACGCGAAAAUAUAAGAAAUUACCUCUACAAGCUUCGUUGGAAAAAAGUUGAAUUGUGAAAUUCAAUUGUGGACAUCUAAAAAAACAUACAUAAGAAUUGCAGAGAAACUGCUAAAAAUUGCAAACUCAGUUUCAACGCACACAGUACAACUGUGGAAACGGCGCUAAAGCAAAAACUACACUUAAAACCUGAAAUUAAAGAAUAUAAUUAAAAACAUUGGAUUUAUCACUGCGCACAUAUCAAGAAAAACACCCCGGAAUGGUGCAGACUGGAAUGUCAUUAAACGAACGCUUCACCCAAAUGCAAUCGCAGACGUCGCCCUCAACACGUGGUAGACGUCGCAGUCGUUCCCGCAGCCGCACUCGCAAGAUUGUCGAUCCCGGCGUGGAUCACAAUGUGUCGGCGGCCAAUGCGCGUUUGCUGCAGGAACUAAAACGGAAGCAUACGGUGCAAGCGGCAUUGAAAUUGAAGCGCAGAAGCUUGCGGACAGCUGCUACAACUGGCGGUAAUGGCGCGAUUGGCAGACGCGUUGGCGGUUCACGGCCAUUGCGUCUAGCGCCGAAUGGAAAGCCGAUACGGAUGAACAAUGUCACCCGAGUUGCAACCAUGCGCGCCGAUCUGGUCGAACACAGCGCUCAACGUCGCAGCGGCAGCCGCAGUCGUCGCUCAAACUCACAGGUUGGUGGCAUCGGACAGCGUCUAGGCCUGGGACUGCGUCGCCCCACAGUGGGUGGUGCUGCCGAACGUGUGGCCCGGCGGCGUGGCAGACGUGUUGGUGGCCCUGGCCAGCCGCGACGUGGACGCGCAGCAGCAGUAGCCGCACAAUUGCCGAGACAGCAGCAGCAACAGCAGAUCCGCGGCCGUUCCCGCAGCCGCUCCCGUGGACGCAUUCAACCCAUAGCUGGAGGUAUACCUGGCGGCAAUAUACGCGCUCGUAGUCGCUCACAGAGUCGCACUCGCCAGAUUCCUGGGCGCAAUGGACGCGCCCAGAGUCGGGGCCGUCAGUCGCGUGUUUCUGUCAAGGAACGCUUGGGUGUGCGUCCAGGGGCUGCCUCCUCAGCCCCCGCUGGCAAUAAUAGACGAGGCAACCGUCGUGCCAAUAGCAAACUACGUGGCGUGGCCAAUGGACGUGUCGUUAAGCGUGGCAAUCAAAAGGGCAAUGCGUCGGCAGCCCAGAAGGGCGUUGUUGCUGGUGCUGCUGGUGGGCGCAAGGGACGUGCUCGAGGAAGAUCUGCUGUGCGUGCUGCUACUGCUGUCGGUGCCGGGCGUCGCUCGCGUUCGCGCCAACGUCCAAAUGCUGCCGCUGCGUCGACGCAACAAGCGGGAUUGACAGUGUCCGGCAAGGCUGGGAUCCGUCGUCGUCGCCAAGGACGUAGUGCACAACGAGCAGGCAACACAAAUGGUAAUUCAGCGGCAUCGGGCAAUGCCAAGCAACACCAACAGAGACCGGGCCAGGGACAGGGACAGGGACGUCGUGCCCGCAGUCGCGGACGUGGACGUAGAGUUGGCAAUGGUGGCGGUGAGGCCGGUGGUCGCAGAGUUUCAGGUGGCAGGCAAGUACAAAAGCGACUGGAGGUUAAGCGCGAGGAUUUGGACAAAGAGCUCGAUCAGUAUAUGUCCACCACAACGUCAGCAGUGGAUUAUCUGUUGAAAUGAAUGCUGCAACCAAAAGAAAAUAUAUGAAGGAAAGAGACAAGAAAUGACCACCGCCAGGGAAAGUUUAGAUUUAAGUUCUUUGCUUAGUUAAUAAGAUUUUUAGCUUUAAACACACACACAAAACUGCUAAUACUACACACUACAAAAACAAAAACAAAAGCAACUACACAGUUAGGCGCAUAGGUCCUGUAAAUAAUUUCAGACACGACCUCAAGGAACUGAACACUAAUUAUAAUGAAUAUAAUGUUUGUAAUCUCUAAACAAAUACAAUUCAUUGUUUCACUAA